GGCUGCGGGCUGAGGAGACACAAGGGAAGACGCCGAGCCGGAGCCGCGACCCCUGCGCGCAGCUCCCCGCGCCAUGCCGUCCGAGAAGACCUUCAAGCAGCGCCGCUCGUUCGAGCAGAGAGUGGAGGAUGUCAGGCUCAUCCGAGAGCAACACCCGACCAAGAUCCCGGUGAUAAUAGAACGGUACAAGGGGGAGAAGCAGCUUCCUGUCCUGGAUAAAACCAAAUUCCUCGUCCCUGAUCACGUGAACAUGAGUGAACUCAUCAAGAUCAUCAGGAGGCGGUUACAGCUCAAUGCCAACCAGGCCUUCUUCCUCCUGGUGAACGGGCACAGCAUGGUGAGCGUGUCCACACCCAUCUCGGAGGUGUACGAGAGUGAGCGCGACGAGGACGGCUUCCUGUACAUGGUCUACGCCUCCCAGGAGACGUUCGGAAGGCAGGCGUCGGCGUGAGCCUGCGCGGCGCAGCUCCCGGGGCGGAAGGAGGGCUGUCCAGCUGGCCCCACGUCGGCAAGCAGCAGAGUCCGCCUAGGCGUGCUCGCCAGUUGUUUUUGUAUGUCAAAACAGCUCCAACCACGUACAUUCAGCUAUGGGAAACUAUUAUUUAAUCUAGGCUAUCUUGUUUUCAAAUUUCAGGAGUUUAAAAAUAAAACACCUUGCAUUCUAAGUUGCCAAUAAAA